AUGUCUUUCUAUCGAUAUCUAUCAUCAACAAUUAAAGCAACUACGAAUGUACAUUCUCAAGCACCAGCACUAUCAGGGAUAGUUAAACAAUUAUCAAAAUUUUCUUCCCAUGAUGAACUUAUUGAAUAUUCUCAACGACCUAUUGAAUAUUGUUAUCCAAAUCGUAUGAUUGAGGCAUGUUCACCACAUCAUUCAACACCCAUUGAUUUAAUGAAAACAGCAAUUGAUCUUCAUGAACAAUUAUUAGUACGUCUAGCACAUUGUUUAACUCAUUUUCAAUCGAUACCAUUUUUACCUGGUGUUAAUCCAACAUUAUUAUCUUUACAUGAACGUUAUUUAAAAUUAUUUGAAACAUUUGCUCAUUUUCCACAAAUAAAAACAAAAGAAGAUGAAAAAAAAUUUCUUGAAUUAAUUAAUAUAUUUGUUGUACAAAAUAAUGAUGUUAUUGGUUUAUUAUCAACUGGUUGUAGUGAAGCACAAAAACAUUUUAAAACCUAUAAAAUAAUGAAAGAUUUUCUUGAUAAUGUCCUACAAAUACGUUUAUCAAUGCGUUUGCUUGCUGAACAUUAUCUUGAAUUACAUAAACAACAAAAAGAUAAUAGUUCCGAUUGGCGUGGUGCAAUAUGUAUGAAUUUUUCACCUGUUAAAGCUAUACAACAAUGUGUUAAUGAUGUUUCUUCUCUAUGUUUUGAAACAUAUACAGUUGUACCACAUGUUCGAAUUGAAAAUACGAUGAAUGAAUCUUUACCCUAUUUUCCAAGUAUUAUCGAAUAUAUUUUACGAGAAUUAUUAAAAAAUUCAAUGCGUGCUAUUGUUGAAUGUAGUAAAGCAUCAUUGGGUAAUGUACAAAACGUUAAACAAUAUUUUGAAGAAAAUCGUGAUAAACCAUUAUGUCAAAUUGUGAUUGCAUCAAAUCCUAUUGAUGAAAAUUUUACAAUUGCUGUUAAAGAUCAAGGUGGUGGAAUUGAUGAAAGUGAUGAAGAAAUAUUUAAAUAUAUGUUUACGGGUGAUGUCAUAAAAGAAGAAGAAGAAGAAGUACAUAUGGAUAUUUUAGCAGAUUUUCAAGAACGUAUGACACAAUCAUCAAAACAAAUGUAUGGUUAUGGAUUUGGUCUUCCAGUUUGUCGUCUCUAUGCGAAAUUCUUUGGUGGUUCAUUAACUCUUAGACAAGUAUCACGUAUUGGUGUUGAUGCUUAUCUUCGUCUUGGUUUCAUACAUACAAAUUCUGAACGUAUUAAGAUUUAA